UCUUCCAGUCUUCAACUGUCCAAUUUUGGAUUGUCCUGGAAUUCGUUUUUUCUUAAACCAACACAAAGAAAAACAAUGCGGUUGAUCAUUAUGGUUUUAGGUAUGUUCAGCCUUUUCCCAUGUUCCUCUUGUCAGUAUCACUUUGUGAACAUGGCUUACACCUGGUCACAAGCUCAGCUUUACUGCAGCGAGAACUAUGGUGACUUGAUCCCCAUAAGAGACCAGAUAUCGAUGGAAAGGCUCAUUAACUCUUUACCUGCUGGUUGGAAUGGACCAGCCUGGAUUGGGCUCUAUAACAUCAGCUGGAAUUACAAGUCUCUGAAUUACAUACAUUUAAAGGGAAGUGGGUUCUUGGAGGUUCAACAAGCGGAUAAUGUAAACGACAAUGAAUUCUGUGUGUACAUGUCCAAGAAGAAGUUGUAUAAAGCCAAUUGUGAAGAAGAACUAUAUUUUGUCUGUUAUGUGAAAACCACAACAGCACCUGCAACAACCCAGAGACAAACAAUGACACCACCUUCUACUCAGAGUACAGUGAAAACCACAACAGCACAUGCAACAACCCAGAGACAAACAAUGACACCACCUUCUACCCAGAGUACAGUGAAAACCACAACAGCACCUGCAACAACCCAGAGACAAACAAUGACACCACCUUCUACCCAGAGUACAGUAAUGAACAGAACCGUUGUUCCACCACUGGAACCAGUUUUUACUCAACCUGAAACAACAGCAACGACUGUUGAUUCUCCUUCUCAAACUACACUCCAUUCUAUACCUGGGCCACCUGUGACAGUUGGCAAUGCCAGUGUGUUCUGCAAUGAGUUGAGCAUGACAGUGUCUGUGGAGAAGUCCUCCAUCGUGGGUCUCCAGGUGGACCACCUGCGUCUCAGCGACCCAUCCUGCAGCAUGAACUCCAACAGCACCCACAUAUUCUUGACCCUGGACCUCAACUCCUGUGGCACCCAGCUGGAGGAGGAUGGGGACAACCUGAUCUUCAAAAAUGUGAUCACAUACUUUGACGAUUCCAAUGAUGUCAUCACCAGAGAACAGCAGAUGGAUAUCGAUUUGUCCUGCAUCUUCCCCAAAAGGGGCAAUGUCAACCUGGAGUUCCAAGUCCACAAGAUCCCAUACAUUUUCAACGAGAAGGGCUUUGGGAAGUUCACCUACCAGUUUGAGUUCUUCCACAGCAGUCUAUUCAACAGGAUGGUGGAUCCAGCUAGUUAUCCAGUGGAGGUGGAACUGAAUGAGAUGGUCUACAUGGAAAUCACCUCCAUUACUUCUGCCUCCAACACUGAGAUCUUUGUGGAGUCCUGCCGGGCCACGUCCUCUAACAAUCCUGAUGACCCCACCCACUACAGCAUCAUCGAAAAUGGCUGUAAGCAGGAUGAAACUCUGGAGGUCUUCCCCAGUUCCAGAUCUCAGUUCCGUUUUGGUUUGGAAUCGUUCAUAUUCAUUGGGAUGCAGGACCAGGUGUACAUCAGCUGUUCAGUGAUACUUUGUGAGGCAGGGGACCCCAACUCCCGCUGUGCCGAGGGCUGCAUCAAUGGCACCAGUCGCCAUCGGAGAGAGGCAGUACAGCAGACCCCUUCUCACUACAUCUCCCAGGGUCCUUUGCAUCUGAGAAGGAAUGCUAACAGCAAAGUUGCUGAUGGAGCUUUGAACAUGAACUUGGUGUUCAUCGCUGGCUGUCUCCUGGCAGCAGUUGCCAUGGUUUGUGGAGUGGUCAUCUACAGAUCCAGGGAGUCAAAGGUCAAAUAUCAACUUCUCCCAACUGAUCAACAGGGCGUAGGCAAGGAGACAUGGUUGGAUGAUAAUCAGCAUCCUAUCAGCUGGAUAUAGGCUGCCUUUGGCCACAGAUCUUUUAUCAGCUUUCAAUGAAAAAUAUUUAAAUAAGGGCUUUCACAUUUGAUGUUUAAAGAUUCAAUACAUUUACUGAAAAUCAAUGUAAUCUACAUGUAACUUUGAAUGCUGGCAGGAUGCAGGGAAAGAGGUGAAUUAAAUAAAGGUUUGUAAUACAAAGACUUACUUGGUUACAAAGCUUUGGAGACACACUGUGACGGCGCAUGACCAUGCCCACAAACAAUACAUAAAACAACUAACAUUAACAAUGAACAACAAAGACACAGGGAACAAGGGAUACCUAUAUAGGGAGAUGUAUGCAAUCAACAGAGGGGAUUCACGCAGAACAACUUGAAAUAAUACAACCGGUAUGAAAAAUUUAAGAAAUAUCUACAUACUGUUUUUAAUGUUCUAUUUCUGUCAGUGUCCUGAUGUUGAAACUGCACAUUUGUUACUUCCUGUGAAGCUUAGGAGUCCUUAAUGACCAUACAUAUGCUUGCUGAAUUUCUAAGUAAUUAUGAAUAGUAAUUUAAUUAAUGUCAGUAACACACAUUUUAUAUUGUUCUAUUGCCAUGGUUGAUGGGAGUU